AAUAUCUCUGCAGGAUUUUCCCCCACACUGAAAGUUGCAGAUAUGCGGGAGCAACUUGGAAAAUGCUCGAUUCCUGCAAUCUCGCAGUGAAAUUCCAUCCCUGAACUAUAGUCCAAAAAACCGCACAUUAUUACAGUAGCACUGUUCAUUACGUUCAUUGUGCAAGCCAUGGAUAUAUAUGCAGUUUUGUGCAUGUUUCAGCUUUUCUCGAAUGUAUUGUUUAGUCUCUUUUUGGCUUUUUUAGCAAAACAAAGCGAUCUAACUUUCUUCUGUGCAGUUAUGUUUUAAAGAAACUCGGUGGUCUUUGACGCACAGCAAGAGCUUCCAAGGUUGUCCAGGUUUGUUGAGAAGCACUGAAACUCUUCUGAUUUGGGCAGCUCGCCGUGGGCAGCCGAAGCCUGUAGAGCCAGGCAGUGGAAAUGAGGCAGCACACAAGAAGUCUAGAACAACGGCUCUCAAAUGCGGCCCCAGCAGCCCCCCGGCAACUCCUCUCUUAAUGAGUCUUUAUCCAGCUUUCAUUCAGCACAGUUCAUGCUGUUUGCAUUCCGGUUCCUCGUACUGCUUCUGUUUCUGUAGAUGCAAUAGCCUUUUUCACGCAGCGGCCAUGUUUGGUUGAAAACGAGGCUUGGUGUGCAAGCAACUGUCAUGGCCGCCGCAGCUACUGUUAGUAUCACUAUGUAGACGAAAUCUUUGCUAUGUGUUCCUCAAAUAAAAGUUGAAGAAAUUGAUGAUUGGGUAGAUAAUAAUGUGAGGAUUCUGAAAAACAUACAGCAGAAAGAGUACAGCAAUUGGAUUGAGGGUUAUAUUCAUGAAGCAGAAGUGUUUCAGAGCACUCUGCUGCAAAGGACCUCCCCCUCCGAGACUGGAGUAUGAUGUGGUUUGCAUUGGUCUGACGGGCUCUGGCAAGACCAGUCUGCUUUCACGUCUUUGUAGUGAAGGUACAGAAACAGUUGUGCCUACCACAGGUUUUAGCAUCAAAGCAGUUCCAUUCCAGAACGCCAUCCUGAAUGUAAAGGAACUUGGAGGGGCUGACAAUAUAAAGAAGUACUGGAGUCGAUAUUACCAAGGCUCCCAAGGGGUGAUCUUCGUACUGGACAGUGCUUCUUCAGAAGAGGAGCUAGAAAUAGCAAGAAACGAGCUUCACUCAGCCCUGCAGCACCCCCAGCUCUGUAUACUGCCUUUCUUAAUACUGGCCAACCAUCAAGACAAGCCAGCAGCCCGCUCUCUACAAGAGAAGGGUGACAUGAGGACGGAGCCCAUCGACCAUUCUCACACACUGCAUUACCAGCUCAGAGGAAGGGUGUCAGGCACAGCAAGAGAAGCUCAUCGUGUGACAAUUGGGUAUAAAGAGGUCACCAUGUCACCCAAGUUCAAGUUAAUAGAACUUCUGGAAAUCAAAAGGAUCUUCUGAGACUGUUGAUAGGCCCAAUUAGAGCCCCUGUGGUUUUCCAUGACUCACCCCUUGUGCUUACUCUGCAGUCCUUGUGGUUUUCCAUGGCUCAGCCCUUCUUCUUACUCCCAGCCCUGGCUGUACACGAUCUGCAGAGACCUGAAAGUCCUCCUGGGUCUAAUUGGAUGUGUUAAAGCUCGACAGUGAUGUGCUUCAACAGGAUUCACCUGGCUUGGGUGAUUUUGGAUUGUACUUUUAGAUCUAAUGUCUGUGCCUGAAGACUUAUCAGAUGUAUUGUCACAUUUCUCAGUAUAGUUUGUAUCUGUGGAUUACAUUUGGGUAAUUUCACUCUAGAAAUAUAUCUAAUUAUGAGGUUUGUGAAAGAGUGCGGGAUCUACCCUAAAGACUUUGUACCCUACCUAAUUGGUUUUAUUUAAGGAGGUGACAAGUCAUUUUUGCACUUAUUUGUAUUAA